AUGUCAGCCAGUCAGCCCGAGUCACCUGUGGUCGGCACAGCAUGCGCCAUCGCAGGUAGACUCGCUCACCGGCGCGACGCCUGGAGGAAGUUGUGCGAAAACCGGGCCAAGCGGCUGCCAGCGAUGGACGAAGCCGUGAAGCCCACCAUUCUCUUUCAGGAAGGACCCAGCCCAGCGGAGGAUGACAGCAGUGCCGUGGACAGCCCAGCAGAGACGGAGGAGUCGGAGUAUGCUUCAGCAGAGAACAGCCCAGCAGAGAACAGCCCAGCAGAGGACAGCAGUGCGGUGGACAGCCCAGCAGAGAAGGGGGACAGCAGUGCGGUGGACAGCCCAGCAGAGAAGGGGGACAGCAGUGCCGUGGACAGCCCAGCAGAGGACAGCAGUGCCGUGGACAGCCCAGCAGAGGACAGCAGUGCCGUGGACAGCCCAGCAGAGGACAGCAGUGCCGUGGACAGCCCAGCAGAGGACAGCAGUGCCGUGGACAGCCCAGCAGAGGAGGAGACCAGCAGCGAGAAUGCUGACUACGAAGCAGAUGAUGAAGCAGAAGACAGCAGCGAGGAAGAAGAUGACUCCAGCGAGGAAGAUGACUCCAGCCAGGUAUUUUAA